UGGUCUAGGUCAGUAAUUCAUUUUCCCUGUUGAAUUUAGUUUGCGUAUUUCGUACGCUCAACGAUAACUUCAAAUGUAGCCCUGGUCCAUGCAUAAUUCCAGUGACACUUCUAAUAUCCUGACUUUUCAAGUUUCCCUAAUUACAAUUCAAUUGUAGUCACAACUUUUGUGUAAAUCUUUAGUAUUAAAGUUGCAACGCAAUCCAAUUUUGGCUGCAAAGUUCUCAAAACCUUAAUGUGGCGGUUAAAUUGCAACCAUGAAGCGAUUUUUUAAAGCCUUGAUACCUUUAAUCAUAGAGUAAUUGUUGUUACAUAUCUCAAUGUGUACCAGAUUGUUGUUCAGUUAGUCAUCAAGUACCUAUUUAUCCAAUUAGAUUCGAUGAAAAAUAGGGAACAAAACAAACAAGGUUUGGAUGCCCUGAUGCAGUUUUUGGUGGUAGUCGAGUAGAAGAGGACCAUGUGUUUGUGAGAAGGACCUUGUUUUGUUACACAUGGAGAGACUGAGUUGCACAGGUUCAUCGAUCAGAAGGCGUUCAACGAGCAUAUCAAGUCAUACAAGCCACCAUACAGAUAAUGAUGACGAAUGUGAGAGGGUUUCAGAGGCUGGAGACAUUGGGGAUAGAGCUCUUCCAAGUACCAGACUCAGUGAGAGUGGUAGUAUCCGCUCCUCUUUUGACAUCAGGCCAGAAGAAAAUGAAGUUGUUGUUUCAACUGAAGAGGAGGAAAUAUUGCACCCAAACGCCACUCUUUCAACAGGUGCAGUAGUGGACUCUGAAGCCAUAAAUCAUGAAACUCGUAGAGGUUUGCCGAAGUUGCUGGACUAUGCUUCAUGUAUGGUUCAUUUAGCUGUUUUUGGAAUUCUUGGGGUCUUGACAAGAUAUUUACUGCAAAAAUUGUUUGGCCCUGGGGUUGGCAAUGUGACAAGCAACAAAACUCUUCUUUACCUUGACCUUCCUUCUAAUAUGAUAGGUUCAUUUCUUAUGGGAUGGUUUGGUAUUGUAUUCAAAGGAGACAUAUCUAAUGUGUCGGAGCAUCUAGCCAUAGCAAUAACAACUGGUUACUUAGGGAGCCUUACGACCUUCAGUGGUUGGAAUCAAAAAAUGCUUGAACUCAGUGUUUCUGGUCACUGGCUUUUUUCUUUGCUUGGAUUUGUAGUAGGUCUAUUUCUUGUUGCCUUUUCCAUCAUAUUUGGGAUUGAAACUGCUAAGGGUUUCAGGUGGCUUCUUAGCAAGCUGAGUAUGAGUUGUGGAGCUGGAAAUGGUGGCUCUAAUAUCAACACCAAAGUAGAUAGCAAUAGCCGUCAGCUGACAAUUAUGAUGAUGUUUUUGGUGAUCUUAAUCAUGUUAUGGGGUGUCUGUGGGGUCUUAGUAAAGGCUGAGUUCAGGCAUGGUGGCAAUGCAGCUGAGUUGUGGUUUGCUUGCAUGGUUGGACCAAUAGGUGUGUGGAUUAGAUGGUUCUUAGCACGGCUCAAUGGUCGUGGCUUAGGAAAAGCAGGGUUGCUCAAAUGGGUUCCAUUUGGGACUCUAAUUGCCAAUGUAUCUGCUGCUUUUGUUAUGGCUGCACUUGCUACUGUGAAGAAAGCGGUGCACACCAGGGCCUGUGAUACUGUUGUAUCAGGAACUCAAUUUGGUCUGUUGGGGUGUUUGAGUACUGUCUCUACUUUUGCUGCUGAGUUUAAUGCAAUGAGAGAAAGUGACUAUCCUUGGAGAGCUUAUGCAUAUGCCUUAAUUACAAUAUGUAUUUCAUUUGUUAUUGGAAUUUUGGUAUAUUGUGUCCCAGUUUGGACAAAGGGGGUUUGACAUUAAUGCAUAUAGUUUCUGACUUCAUGUAUUUCAAAUCAAAGUAUCAUUACAACCCUUUUUACAUAUA